GUUGUUGGUAUAAAAGCUCCCUCUCACAUAUGUGUUGCCAUAUUGUUUGUGUAGUUUUUUUUAAAGGGGUGCCAGAGUGUGCGAGUGUGUACUCUGAGAAUAAGAGGAAAGAUUUUUAGUGACCUUAAGGUGCAGAGGACUGAUAACUCCUCAAGAUGGAUCAGCUGCUAGUCGGGACCUUAGCGUUGGUGGCACUCUGUUUUCUAGGAAGUGUGGAUUCCUCAGCUUAUGACAAAAUAGUCACCCACAGCCGCAUACGGGCCAGGAAAGAAGGGCCCAAUGUCUGUGCUCUGCAGCAAGUUGAAGGAACCAAGAAAAAGUACUUCAGCACAUGUAGGAACUGGUACAAAGGAUCCAUCUGUGGCAAGAAGGCUAUGGUUUUAUAUGAAUGUUGUCCUGGUUACAUGAAGCUGAAUGGAAUGACAGGAUGCCCUGCCGUGGCUCCAAUUGACAAUCUAUACAAUUCUUUGGGGGUUGUAAAGGCUACAACCACUCAACAAUACUCUGAUAUGUCAAAAUUAAGAGAGGAAAUCGACGGCCCAGGCACCUUCACUGUGUUUGCACCCAGCAACGAUGCUUGGGAAGAAAUGAAUCCUGCUGCACGUGCUGCGUUAGAGAGCAAUGUGAAUAUCGAGCUUUACAACGCCCUUCACUAUCACAUGGUGAAGAACCGCCUGAUGACCAAAGAUAUGAAGAACGGAAUCACUGUCACUUCAAUGUACAAUGACCAGGGGAUCUACAUCAACCACUACCCAAACGGGGUGGUGACUGUGAACUGUGCCAGGAUCAUCCAUGGUAACCAGAUGGCAACUAAUGGUGUGGUUCACGUCAUAGAUCGUGUAAUCAGCUCUGUUACUAGCACCAUCAAAGACUACCUUGAUAAUGAAGACCAGCUGUCCUCUUUCAGUAAUGCAGCAUUUAUUGCUGGUAUUAUGGACAAGAUGGACCAGCCUGGUCAGCUUACUUUGUUUGCCCCAACAAAUGAAGCUUUUGAUAUGCUGACGCCAGGCUUUAUGGAGAGUAUCUUUGAAAAUGAGCCAGUCAUUAAAGCACUGGUGAACUACCACCUGUUGAAGAGUGCCCAGUGUUCAGAAGCAAUCAUGGCAGGAUCAGUAUAUGAGACAGAAGAGGGCAGCACCAUAGAGAUUGGCUGUGAUGGAGACAGUCUGACUGUAAACGGAAUCAAGAUGGUGUUGAAGAAGGACAUCGUAGCCUCCAAUGGAGUUAUUCACCUCAUAGACCAGGUGCUCAUCCCUGAUUCAGCCAAGGAAGUGAGGGAACUGAUGGGAAACUCCCAGAGCACUUUCAGCGACUUGGUGUCUGAAAUGGGUUUAACGGGUUCCCUGGGUUUGGACACACAGUACACACUCCUUGCUCCAAAAAACGCUGCUUUCGCAGAUGAGGUGACGACAGAAGAUGAGAGCUACCUGAGACUCAUUCUGGAAAACCACAUGUUGAAGCUGAAAGUCACACUAAAUGCACUUUACAACGGACAGCUGCUGGAAACGCUUUCUGGCAAACUGCUCAGAGUCUUCAUUUAUCGCACUGCUGUGUGCAUAGAAAGUGCAUGCAUGGUGCAAGGCAGUAAAGAGGGACUCAACGGUGCCCUUCAUGUUAUGAGCUCACUGAUCAAACCAGCCGAUAAAACAAUCUUCGAACUCCUGGAAGCUGAUGGAAGAUUCAAGAUUUUCUUGUCACUGAUGGAAACAGCUGGUCUGAAAGAAUUGCUAAGGCAGAAUGGCUCCUACACCACCUUCGCACCAGCAGAUGAAGCAUUUGAAGCCCUGAGUAAAGAGGACUUAGAUUUGCUUAAAAGUGAUCUAAACGCUUUGAGAAACAUUCUUCUGUACCACUUCAGUGAGGGCAUCUUCAUCAAUGGAGGACUGCAAGCAAAAGUGACCAAUCUUCUGAAAAGCCUCCAGGGCAAAGACCUCCAAGUUAAAUCUGAAAAUAAUUCUAUCCAUGUCAACUCAGUGAAGGUGCCUGGCAGUGAUCUGAUGGCCACAAAUGGUGUGAUCCAUGUGGUAAAAAAUGUUCUUUAUCCUCCAGACCUUCCUGUGGGCCGUCAGGACCUCUUGAUGGUGCUGCAAAAGCUGAUUAGGUAUAUCGAGAUAAAGUUUAUUUCUGGAUUUACUUAUGCUGAGAUCCCACUCACCUUCAUCAAAAGGAUCAUCACAACUACUCAUUACAUUGAAGUUCCAGAAGCAAAAACAGUAAUCAUUGAGGAACAACCAUCUGUUAGAACAGUUACCAGAGUCAUUGAAGGGAAGCCAAGCUUAACACAGGUGACAAGAGUGAUAAAAACAGAGCCAUCUGUUUCAAAGGUGAUUGUUGAGGGGGAUCAGUCCAGCAAAAAAGUUACCAGGGUCAUCGGCCGUCAGCCUUCCGUCAGCAAGGUUACAAGAGUCAUUGGAGGUAGAGAAGACAGAACAAAUAAGAGGACAGAAACAAGUGGAACCGUAAUCACCACGGUGAAAGAGCCUCAGAUCAUUGCGGUCCCAGAUUUGGCUAAGCUAACCAGCAUCAGUGAAAAUCCCACUCUGCUGAAAGAGGAAUCUGCAAAAAUCACCAAAAUCAUCCAAGAGGGAAGAGGAUUUGCUGCAGCCAGGAAGGCACCAGCUGGAAUAAGGAGAAGAGCAAAGCUGGUCAAGCAUCAUCACAAGCCAAAGGAGUGAAAAAAUACGUGACAAAAUACGUAAAAAAAUACGAAUGCAUGUUCAGUGCUCCUGGUUGAGUUCUGGAAGACUAAUACAGAUUAAUCAAGUGAAUCUAGCAAUUUCUUUGUCUUAAUAUCAUAUAAACUAGUCUGGUGAUUUCUUAGGAAGACUUUUGGGAGGUGUGUAACGUGUUUUGUAUAAAAUUAUGCUUUUUAUAUCAUGACAAACAGUGUUUUGAUAUCAAUAUGCUGUUCUCCAGAUGGAAGUUAAAAAUGAAUUGGAUUUUGUUUCAGUUUUUGAGAAACAUAUUCUUUGGAAAACCAAAGUUUCUCUUGGUCCUGAAUAUAAGCUUGAACCAUGUUUGCAUCUAACAAGGUUUAACAAUGUUGUUGAUAAAACGGACUAAUACAUUUGUAAAUACAAUUCAUUUUACAAGCUGA